AAUAUUAGGAUAUUCCCUUCUUUUAAAAAAUUAAGAUACAAAUUAUUUCUUAAUUCUAAAAGAGCAUUUUCUUUUUCUCUACUGAACCCGCGUUCCUCUCUUUCUCUCUCUAACUCUCUCUCUCUCUCCCUUUCCUCUCUUCUUCCUUUCGCCGGCGAAACACCGGCGGCACCAUCACGAGGAGAAGCCCAAAGACUCUCUCUCUCUCCUUUGCUUCAACCAAAACCAGAGCCUCUCUUUGAUGCUGUGAAGCUAGAGAAAGCCCAGUAUGGGAAAUUGCAACGCGUGUACAAGAGCUGAUGUCGUGGAAGAUUAUAAUAACAACAACUCCAACGACACGAACCGCGGUCGGAAGAAAGAACCGAACCCAAAAAAACCGAACCCAUACGCGACUGAACCGGUCCGGUCGAGCGGGUCGGCGGCGCCGAUCCGCGUCCUGAAGGACGUGAUUCCAAUGAGCCACCGAACACGAAUAAGUGACAAGUACAUAUUGGGCCGAGAAUUGGGCCGUGGCGAGUUCGGCAUCACUUACCUGUGUACGGACCGUGAGACGAAGGAGGCUUUAGCGUGCAAAUCGAUCUCGAAGAGAAAACUUCGGACUCCGGUGGACAUCGACGACGUGAGGCGCGAAGUGGCCAUCAUGUCCACGCUUCCCGACCACCCUAACAUCGUGAAGUUGAAGGCAACCUACGAAGACAACGAGAACGUGCACCUCGUCAUGGAGCUCUGCGAAGGCGGCGAGCUUUUCGACCGGAUUGUGGCCAGAGGUCACUACAGCGAGCGCGCCGCCGCCAACGUGGCUCGCACCAUCGCCGAGGUUGUCAGAAUGUGCCACGUCAAUGGCGUCAUGCAUAGGGACCUGAAGCCGGAGAAUUUCCUCUUCGCUAAUAAGAAAGAGAAUUCCCCUCUUAAGGCCAUUGAUUUCGGCCUCUCCGUGUUUUUCAAGCCUGGAGAGAAGUUUAGGGAGAUUGUUGGGAGUCCUUACUAUAUGGCGCCGGAGGUUUUGAAGAGGAAUUAUGGACCGGAGGUGGACGUGUGGAGUGCUGGGGUCAUUCUUUAUAUUUUGUUAUGUGGGGUUCCUCCGUUUUGGGCAGAGACCGAACAAGGUGUCGCUUUGGCCAUUCUGAGGGGUGUUAUUGACUUCAAGAGGGAACCUUGGCCUCAAAUAUCGGAUAGUGCUAAGAAUCUCGUGCGCCGUAUGUUGGAGCCUGAUCCUAAAAAGCGCUUCACAGCUGAACAGGUGCUUGGGCAUCCCUGGCUGCAAAAUGCAAAGAAAGCUCCAAAUGCUCCAUUGGGAGAUAUUGUAAGGUCAAGGCUUAAGCAAUUUUCUGUGAUGAAUAGAUUCAAAAAGAAAGCUCUGCGGGUAAUUGCAGAGCAUUUAUCUGUUGAAGAGGUGGAAAUUAUAAAAGAUAUGUUUACAUUGAUGGAUACCGACAAAGAUGGCAGGGUAACAUAUGAGGAACUCAGGGCUGGGCUGAGGAAGGUUGGUUCACAAUUGGCUGAGCCAGAGAUAAAGAUGCUGAUGGAAGUGGCUGAUGUUGAUGGGAAUGGAGUACUUGACUAUGGAGAGUUUGUAGCUGUUACGAUUCACUUGCAAAAAAUGGAGAAUGAUGAGCAUUUCCACAAAGCAUUCAAGUUUUUUGACAAAGAUGGGAGUGGGUAUAUUGAGUUAGGCGAGCUACAAGAAGCAUUAGUAGAUGAGUCCGGAGAAACUGAUGCUGAUGUAUUGAAUGACAUCAUGCGGGAAGUUGACACUGACAAGGAUGGUCGCAUCAGUUAUGAGGAGUUUGUGGCCAUGAUGAAAACUGGAACUGACUGGAGAAAAGCAUCUAGGCAAUAUUCAAGGGAGAGAUUUAAGAGUUUGAGCCUAAAUUUGAUGAAGGAUGGCUCACUUCAGCUUCACGAUGGAAUUAGUGGUGAAGCUGUAGUGGUUUGAGGGCAAAGUAAUGUCUUUCUGUAACUUGAUGCUCACUUAGUUAUCAUUUUCCUUCCACCACUUAUUAUGCUUGAAAUAUGGCUUGUGGAAUCUCCCCAAGAAAACAAGUUUUGGGCAGGUUUGGGUUCUAGUGUUUGAAGCAUUCUAAUGAGCUUGAGUUGGAGUUGGUUACCUUAAGUUUCUCAGUUGGAUUGGCUGUUAGAUCCCUGAAGCAUGCAUAGGCGGAUUGCGAUUGCAUUUAGAUUGUUCAUAGCUUGUCAGAAGAAAAUGUGGGCCACAUGCUACAGCCCACGUGCCCCAAAAAUGUUACAUAUUCUUUGUAUAUCUUUGUCCUGUUAUAUUUGUGUUUUGAUAAUUUCUUUGGUAAAUGUGAUUUUUCUAACUUAUGUGCAGAAAACCAGUUAGGACUUGUCUCAUUGGCGACAUGAACUUCUGAAAAAGUUUAUAGAAAGUAUAGGUAUCUGCUAGUUGAAGUUGAAGCAAUUUAAUUUUUCUGAAAAUGUAGCUGUCUUAAGCCCUCAUUUAUUUUCAUUUUGCCCCUUGUUUAGACAUUAUCUCUUGUCCAUUUAUGGUUAAUUCGCAUGAGG